AAAAAAUUUAUUCAUAAGUACAAAGUACUAAAUAUUUUUGUUACUUUUUUAACGCUGGUGAAAUUCACGAUGUAAAUUUUAUUCAAGCUCCAGCUUGUAUUUUGAAAAUAUUGAAAAAACCAAGGUAAAAAAAUAUAUAUAUAUGUAUAGGUCCGGUAAUUAGGAUAUUUAAAUAUGUAUAUGCAAAUUGUACACGUGCAAUUAGUAUAAGAUGGCGCGCAAAAUAACCAAAAAUAUAUAGUUUUACGAAAAUUUAACAGUCCACGUGGUUGGAAUUUUAUUUUAUAUCUUAUUAAUUGACGUUCAAGUGAUCAUGCGUGAUUUCUUAAGAGUUUUUUUAUUUAAACUUGAAUUAUUUAUUAUCAAAUUUAUUUUAAAUUAUUAUAGAAAUAGUUUAACUAAUAAAAAUAAAAUAAAAAUAGGUAAAGAUUCUACAAAUAGUAAUAUAUUGUCUCAAAUUAAUAGAGAGGUUGUAAAAAUAAAUUAUAGAAUUACUGAGCGAGUUAAAGUUUAUAAAAUUGACAGAAAAAUUGAAGAAGAUAAAAGUGCGGUGAAGUCAAAUGAAUUAGUUUAUAAUGCGUACAAUCAAUUGCAAAUUAAAAAAGAUAGUGAAGAAAAGUUAUCUAUCAAUUUUCCGAUUUCAUGUAAAAAAAAAAUAAUUAAUGCUGGUUAUCGGCUUGAUAAAAUUAUAGAUGAUGAACCACCAGAACCAAGAGAAUUAGAAGACGAAAUGGCUAAAGUUGACAAAAAAAAUUUAACUAGAGAAGAGUAUUACAUAAAAUUAGCAAAAUUACACAUAAAAUACGAUUGUAUUCCUCAAGCAAUCCGUUAUUACACUCUAGCUAUCCGCAGAAGCCCUAAAAAAGAAUCACUUUACUGUUCACGCGCUAAAUUACAGUACGAAAGAGGAAAUAAACGCGCUUACAUCGACGCUUACACAGAACUGACACCAAAACUUGACCCGGAAAAUAACCAAUUGCUUUUGAUCAACUGCGCCAAGAAAUUGUCCAAGCUAUUAAUAUCAGAAAAAAAUCAUUCCGCUGCUCUCGAGGCAAUCGAACCGAUUUUCCAUCACUGCCCACAUUUGCUCACAGAACAAGAAGUCGGUCUAUAUUUACAUAUAUUAUUAAAACUUAAUAAAUAUAAUAAAUGUAUAGACAUGUUUUCUAAAUACACAUGUAUCAAAAUUGGGUACCAAGUGAUUGACUCAAAAAUUGAAGAAUUAAAUUACAGUAAAAAUACAGUUCCUACUACAGCAAUUAGAUUUUGUAAAAUUCCGCGGAAUACUCACAUUAUUUUAAAAUUUACUUGUAUUAUUUUAUUUAUUGACUUGGGUUAUAUUAAUAAAGUUGAUUGUUAUAUUGACGAGUUAUUAACUUUAGAAAACAUAAAAAUUUAUAGCAACCAUAUUAUGGAUUUGGUAAAAUCGCUAAUGAGGAAACAAAACUAUAGCAGAGCUCGUAAAUUUUUGAAAUCGUUGAUAAGCUAUGAAAGGUAUUCUGAGUUGGUGAUAAUUUGGAUUUUGUAUGCUGAGUGUUGCGUUGAAUGUUUUGCUAAUGAAGAGUUUGAUGCUUCGGCACCUGAUGAAUCGACUGCGGAUCCGAUAAUUCGCUCAAUUUGGCCAAUAGUUAUUGGAAAUUGUUGUAUUGGUGAUAAGUGGAGGAAACUGGGAUUUAUUUACCGAGAGCAUGGGUUUGAAGAGCAAGCGGUUGUUUGCUUCUCAAAAGCUAUUUCGAUCGAUCCUAAAAAUCCGGAGGUUUAUGAUAAAAUAUCGAAUAUAAGAUAAGAUAUCGAAUGUAUACGCUGAGAAUUUUAUGAUCAUGAUUGUCAUCGGGGAUUUUUAAUUGUACAGUAUAGUAAUUUUUAAAUUUAUCACCAUGAUGCUAUUGAAAACAAUCACAAUAUGAUAACUAUCAUCUGUGUUAGUAAUAGUUACCAUCGUAUAUUUUAAAAAUUACUCAACAAUGUUUAAAUUAUUUAUUACCAUACAAUUUUAUUGUUUUCAAAUUAACUUGUUCCAAUAAAUGUAUCAGUUCAUUUA